CAUGCUUGGAAGCUUCAUUCAUGCAACACUCUUAUUAACAUAUGAAGAGGAGAAGGCCAUUAUACGUCUAUUGUCCGCAGCUCCCCCAUAACGGAUUUGGAUUUCCGCCUCUUGCUUCGGUCACAGUCAUGUGUCCGUGGAGUAUUUAAGCUGGCCCUCGCAACUCUUUCUAAGGCAGAGAUGGCGAGGAACGCAGUCACCAGGACCGUCAGCCACGGGGCCAUCAGCAGCGUCCGAGCGGACGAUUACGCCGGGGAGCGCAGGCACAGCAGCGCCGGCCUCCGUGCACUUUUGUGGGCCACCAGCAAAUCCUUCGGAUGUUCCCUGGGGUCCAGCCGGGAGAGCAGCUUCCCCAACAUCCUCACCCCUGACAGCAUCCCUCAGUUCACCAUCCCCAGUCUGCAGGUGCAGAACGCCUUCAGGUCUCAGGAGAGCGACGGGGAACCGUCGGAAGGAUCGGAGAGCUCCGGGAACGAGUCUUCCGCGUCCUCUUCUUCUUUAAAGUCCGGGUUGGAGGGGUCGGAGCGCAAGGCCGAGCGCAGCGUCUCGGCGCCGCUGACCCAGAGGAGAGGGAGCCGCCUCCAGAAGGAGAUUUCCGACCCGUGGCCGGGCGCCGGGGCCCAGCACCGCUUCGACCCGGCCAGCAGGGCGGCGCUCUCCCUGCCGCACUUAACCAAGGUGACCACCCCCUACGGCUUCAUCACUUUAGGUCAGAGCCCGCAGAUGGCCAAGGAGGAGGAGCUGCUCUGCCAACAUCGGCGGGCCAAUCUCGACGAGGCGGGUCCUAGCCACGCCUCGGAGGACGUCAAAGCCAGCGGGAGCCAAAGCCGGGACUCGGAGACCGACAGGACGCCAUCUUCUCGGAGACAAUCAGACAGCAAGCUGAAACGGCGCUUCCGCGUGGCCAUAAAGAAACACAUGCCCUUCUGCCACUAACAAAUCGUGUUGCUAUGGAAACCAAGUGUGUUCUUGUGUAGCGUCCGAAAUAAACCAGCAUUGCAUUGUUGCGGCCUCUCUUCUCACAUUCACACCAUUUAUGUUCGGGGCGGUAUAGCUCGGUUGGUAGAGUGGCCGUGCCAGCAACUUGAGGGUUCCAGGUUCGAUCCUAUCCUAG